AUGCGUCAGCUUAUUAUCUUAGCUCUGCUGGCGGCAGCCAAUGCAGAUGUGGGCGGUUAUAAUUAUGAAGCAAGCAUUGACAAUUUAUCGAGUGGAGGCUCUCUAACUGGCGGCUUGCUGACUGAAGGCUCCCUAACUGGUGGUUCUCUAACUGGUGGCUCAGCUGUUGACUAUGAGUCCAACAGACAACCCGACUACUCCAACGACAAUACAGAGUUUAACAAGGAGUUUUUUACAUAUUCUGCACCCGAAGCGGACUUCGAGGAUAAUCAUAGUAUCGGCGACUUGGCCGCUUCGCUAAAGAGAAAUCUGCGCGUGCUCUUCAUUCGUGCACCCGAAAACAAGGGUCUGGAGAAUGCAGCUGUAGCGUUGGCCAAGCAAGCAGCAGAGCAACAGACAGCCAUUUACGUUUUGACCAAGCAGGGCGACCUCACUAGCCUGGCUAACAAGCUGCAGAACCUCAAUAACAUCAAUGCCAAGAAGCCCGAGGUGCACUUUGUCAAAUAUCGUACACCAGAGGACGCCAUUAAUGCGCAGCGCACCAUUCAACAAGAGUACGAUCGCCUGGGCGGCUCCUCAACAUCCCACAAUGCCGGCAUUGCGCCAGUUCUUGAUUUUGCCUCCAAGCAGGUGACUCAACAGGAACAGCAGCCGGUGCAAUUUAUAAAUGAACGUCGAACGGGAGCUGUCAACCUCGAAACCCUAAGCAAUGGCAAUGCCGGCUCCAUUGUAUCGGAGCUUGAGGCGCCUGCUGCGCCUAGUAGCACCUAUUUGCCUGUUAACAAGGUUAAGUAGGCGUGGCACGUCACCAUGAUCCAGCAAAUUAGCCAAAUUGUAUUGCUAAGUUUUUCGCCCUAACGUUCGUUAUAAAGCACAAAUUUAAUUUUAAUGUACACUCGUGGUGUUGCUUUUAUUGCCGCUCUU